UUCCGAUUUGUCAAUACAUUUUGCUGAGAUGUCAGCGCACCAUUCUGUCCUCGCCUAAAGAGUGAUAAAAAAAAACACAUUGCUUGAUGUCCAAAUUCGGCGGCUGCCGAGAUGAAGAUUACGGACAGUGUGUUGCGAAGUUUUAGGGUUGCUAGGACAUUCCGGGAGAAUUCGCAGAAAGUCAACUGUGUGGACUACAGCUCGAACGGCGAGAGUGCAAUAUCUAGUAGCGACGACGACUCCAUUGUUUUAUAUGACUGUCAGGAGGGAAAGUGAGCACAAUUAAUCUUGUUUCAUCAACUGCAGUUUGCAUGCCAUAAUCUAUAAGUGCACAAAACAGGCUAGAAGACAAAUGUUCUCUGUGUGGGGCCUGUUGUUUGGGAACAUCCCCGAGCUCUAGUCCCACAUCGAGGUUGAUUGUUCAAGUGGGCAAAAAAUUGUGUCCAUCAAGGCAUGGUUAAUAAUACUUUACAGUAUAAAUAAAAAUAGUUGGCAUAGAAUGAAGAUUAUUUAAUUUGAAGAAAACCGAAAUACCAUGCAUUACAUCACCACAUCAUGUACAACUUUGGCAUUAUACGUUACUGUGAUUGAGAGAGAAUCAAACGAAGCUUUUCUGUACUGUGUUGUCCUCACCCCACUUCAGACCCAUACGGACCCUGUACAGUAAGAAGUACGGAGUAGACCUUAUCCGGUAUACACACGGGGAUGCCAACACAGUGGUCUACAGCUCCAACAAACUAGAUGGUAAGAAUUUCUGGAAGUGGAACAGCUCUAAGGCUGCGUUUACACAGGCAGCCCAAUUCUGAUCUUUUUUCCACUAAUUGGUCUUUUGACCAAUCACAUCAGAUAUUUUUACAGCAGAUAUUUUUCUGAGCUGAUCUGAUUGGUCAAAAUACCAACGAGUGAAAUAAAGAUCAGAAUUGGCCUGCCUGUGUAAACACAGCCUAAUAAACAAAGAGGUCAAGCCAACAUACAGUAUGUUUGUGUGUGCAGUGUUUUCCCUAUAUCUUAUAAAGUGGGACGCAAAGGUGCUAAAAACAACAUGAUGGGCUGCUUCCACAAAAUUGUUGAAUCAAACACGUGUGUGUCAGUUUUACGAAAGUAUGACCUCACUCAUGUCCUCGUCUCUGUGACUCAUCCAGAUACCAUCCGAUACCUGUCUCUCACUGACAACAAGUACAUCCGCUACUUCCCUGGGCACACUGAUAGGUGAGACAACACUUUUGAGGGAUUCAUAUACAGUUAAAGGUUGUUUGGACACUAACAUUGAUUACACACUGUGUGGAUGUUGUCAGGGUUGUUGCUCUCUCCAUGUCACCGGUGGAUGACACGUUCAUCUCGGGUUCAUUGGAUAUGACCAUACGACUCUGGGACCUGCGCUCUCCAAACUGUCAGGUGAGUAAGAGCAGCCUUUAGAAGCCACAAUUCUUUGACUGUGCCCUUUCGAUGAGCUUGGGAAAAGACACAUAUCAUCAAUGUAUUUUAUAUAAUGUAACAGGUUUUGAAAUGUGUGUUUGUUUGUCUUAGGGUCUUACUAAUCCUUUGGGGAAGCCUGUUUGCUCCUUUGAUCCCGAGGGCCUGAUAUUCGCUGCUGGGGUCGACUCUGAGGCGAUUAAACUGUACGACCUCCGCUCCUUUGACAAGGUAACAUUGAAAAUGUGUUUGAAAUGUAUUAGUGUUUGUAAUAUAAUAUGUGAUAUCAUAUUUGUUGAUUAUGUAUGUGUGUGUGUGUGUGUGGUUUACUGUUAGAAAAUGUAUAUGAUGAUCGACGUCAGUGUGAGUUCCUGUGGUGAGGUCAAUUUGUUGUUUACUUGUGUUUAGGGCCCCUUCGCCUCCUUUGAGACUCAGUUUAGCCGCGUCUGUGAGUGGACUGGACUGAAGUUCAGCAGGGACGGGAAGCAGAUUCUCAUCUCUACCAACGGGGGUGCUAUUCGCGUCCUAGACGCCUUCAAUGGAUCCGUGCUGCACACUUUCUCAGUGAGAGAACCGUUACCACACUGCACUGAUAGACCUGAAGUGAAUAUUCUUCACACACAUAUCUACGAGUAUGCACAUCACAGGAGGUUGGUAGCACCUUAAUUGGGGAGAACGGGCAUGUGGUAAUGGCUGGAGCGGAAUAGGUGGAAUGGUAUCAAAUACAUGAUUUCCAGGUGUUUGAUGCCAUUCCAUUUGCUCCGUUCCGGCCAAUAUUAUGAGCCGUUCUCCCCUCAGCAGCCUGCUGUGAUGUGCAUAGCUUACUGCAUGUACUGUGUCUAGUAAAUAUAGUUAUUUAUUAUCUGACUGGCUGAAUCAAACGUGUCUCCCCUGUGUGUUCUGUAGGGCUACAACAACAGUAAAGGCAUUUCAUUGGAGGCCUGCUUCACCCCAGACUCAGACUUUGUUAUGAUUGGUGAGCCCGACACCUCCCAAGUCCCAACAUUAGAAGUUAGCAAACUAGGCUGUCUUACCCAGCCCUCCCUGAUCCACCGAAGUCUAAUGUCAGAACAACUCAACACAAUUUCAGCUCUGAAGCGCUCAAGCCAAUUCCAGAGUCACCCAAAUCAAUGAGCCAUUUGACCCUAUUAACUGAUAUUAUUACUCUGCCAAUCAGUCCAUAUGUUUGUCAAACUUUUCUCCCCCAAUCCAUCAUCCAUAACCACCUAACCCUCAUGUUGUCCUUUAUGCCCCAGGUUCAGAGGAUGGGAGGGUCCAUGUGUGGAGUACAGAGAGUGGGAUGAAGAUAGCGGUUCUGGACGGGAAGCAUUCAGGACCAAUCAACACACUGCAGUUUAACCCUAAAUACAUGACAUUUGCCAGCGCCUGCUCCAAUAUGGUGAGAUACAUACACACACACACACUUUCAUCAGCCUAAACACACCCACACAACCAUGCUUAGACACACAUACAUUGUCUCUAAUUUGCCCCUGCCAAAAUCUACCCCACUCUCUCUGUCUCUCUCUUUGCAGGCGUUCUGGCUUCCCUGUGUAGGAGACUGAUAAAGGGGUGGGGCCACAGAGACAAACUGUCAUCAUCAUUACCCAGGAUGCCUUUCUCCUUUCAUGUUGCUCUGAGUAUGCAGAGACACUAUGGACUCUUAACGGCUCCAAAUGAAAUUGUAGGCAUAUUAAGGCAUUGGUGAAAGGGAUUCCACUGUUGAUUAUCCAUGAGGAGAACUGUCACUCUAUAAACUGAUUUAUUUGCCAAAUGGGGAAGGUUACAUGAGGGGAUCACUAGAGCUGUGGGAGACAGUAGUUAUUGUCCACUGUGACAGGUGCUUGUUGAAAAGUUUUUAUAAGAGUAGAGAAUACCUGUGGUGUACUACUGACAAACACUUGCUUUUAUAUAUUUAUGAGCAAAGUGCCACAAUGUGUUAAUUAGUAGACAAUUAUGACCUUUUAACUUUUUAAUACAUUGACAACUCCAAUCAAGUAUGCAUUUUAACUGCGGAUACAUGUUUUAUUUUAUUGGGAAUUCAAUUAUUUUGUACUGU